GAGACUAAUUUCAAUAAAUAGAAUCAACAAUAAUUGUUUGCAGUUAUAAAAGAUUUCACAAUGAAUGUUGCAAAAGUUUCUACCAAAGUAGGAGGUGGUGUUAAACGUAGGCGAGAAAUAAGUGAAGAACAAAAGCAGGAGAUAAAAGAAGCAUUUCAACUUUUUGAUACAGACAAAGAUGGUGCUAUUGAUUACCAUGAGCUUAAGAUUUCGUUGCGUGCCUUAGGGUUCAAUGUUAAAAAGAAUGUUGUUUUGAAAAUCCUAAGAGAUUAUGAUCAUGAAUCGUCUGGGAAGAUUCAAUUUAAUGAUUUUAAAGAAGUUGUUACUGAUUGGAUGCUAGACCGUGAUCCUCAAGAUGAAAUACGAAAAGCAUUUCAACUUUUUGAUGAUGAUCAAACUGGUAAAAUAAGUUUACGUAAUUUGAGGCGAGUUGCUCGUGAACUUGGAGAAAAUAUGAGUGAUGAUGAAUUAAGAUCUAUGAUUGAUGAAUUUGACAAAGAUGGAGAUGGAGAAAUAAACGAAGCUGAAUUCAUUUCCAUAAUGACUGGUGACACAUGAGUCCAGUUUUUAAAUAAUGGAUAUAGUCGACUUCUCUAUGUUUUGGUGCCAAAUUUGAUAAAUUUUGUUUCCAUUAUCAUUCCUUUUCAACAAAGAAGUUUUAAGAAAAAAAUUUAU